UGACGGAAGUGUAGAAGAAGACAAGAUAGAAUAUAAACUAAACAUGAACGUGACCGUGGAACAGACAGGAAAAUAAAAACACAGUAGGCCUCAUACUUGCAUAGGUAGUUUGCAAGUUUUUAUUAAAGGAAAUGAUAUUUCUCUGUUUGGUUACAUAUAACGUGAUGUAAUGUUGUCAGUCACUUUGUAUGUUUAUUCACCGCGGCACCAAAACCCGCUUUGUAGUUUACCUGUUUAAAGAUAUGUCGUUCAUCAGCUGCAUGUACAGUGUGUCCAGUCGGGUCAUAUGGAGAGGUUCUCCCAGUAUCUCUCCACUGCCGAGACCGCUCCCGCCUGGAUUGCCAUGUGUUUUGGCAGCCGGUAAAAAGGACCUGAUAGACCUUCCUGUCCUGAAUGAGGACGAGCUUGAAGAACAAUUUGUGAGAGGAUCUGGACCCGGAGGACAGGCCACCAACAAAACCAGCAACUGCGUGGUGCUCAAGCACAUCCCCAGUGGGAUUGUUGUAAAGUGCCAUCAGACCAGAUCUGUGGAUAUAAAUCGAAAGCGUGCUCGGGACAUUAUGAGAGAGAAACUCGACGUUGUAUUUAAAGGAGAGCUCAGUGAAGUUGUUGUAAAGAAGAAAGAGUCUGAGCUGAGGAAACAAGAGAAGAGGAGGAAGGCAAAUGAUAAUCUGGAGAGAAAAAGACUGUUUAAAGAAGCUCUGGCUGCAGACUCCAAACCUGGAAAUGACACAGUUUAAAAUAUUUGUAAAUGUUUUGUGUAUAAAAUGAAGAAUCAGUACUUGAAUGGUUCUGUAUUUUUCGCCUGCAAUAUUGAAUAGCAAAACCUGGAAAGGUUCUGUCCACAGCAUAAAAUCCAAUUAACCUUUUUA